GAUGGUGUUGAAAGAGGAGAGUCAAGAACUCAAUGAAAUGGAAGAUAAAGUUCAAUAUAAGAAUCAACGUGAUUUUAUAAAUGGAGAAAAAUCUUUUAGUUCACAGAUUGAAAAGACAGGAAGUAGUAGUUAUUUCACCUGCCAACAUUGUGGAAAGUGUUUUAGAGAAAAACAAGGUGUUGAAAGACACAUGAGAAUUCACACAGGAGAAAAGCCUUAUGUCUGCCAGCAGUGUGGAAAGCAUUUCAAUCGAGAAGUAACUCUUAAAAGACACGUUAGAAUUCACAAUAGAGAGAAGCCAUACACAUGCCAACAUUGUGGAAAGAAUUUCUCUCAACUUGGAAACCUUGGAGUCCACAUGAGUGUUCACACUGGAGAGAGGCCUUACAAAUGCAAAGAGUGUGGAAAAGGUUUCAACCGGAAAGGAAACCUUUAUUGCCACAUGGCAGUUCACACUGGAGGGAGUCUUUUCACCUGUCAACAGUGUGGAACGAGUUUCACUCAGAAAGAAAGCUUCAACAGACACAUGAGAAUUCACACUGGAGAGAAGCCUUACAUCUGUUCUCAAUGUGGAAAGUGUUUUGAUCAACAUGAUAACCUUAAAGUCCAUAUGAAAAUUCAUGGUGGAAAACCCUACACAUGCUCUCAGUGUGGAAGGAGUUUCCGUCAAAAACGACAUUUUGAAGGCCACAUGAGAAUUCACUCUGGAGAGCAACCCUACACAUGCCCUCAGUGCGGAAAAGGUUUCAAUUAUAAACGACAUUUGGAAGACCACAUAAGAACUCACACUGGAGAGAGGCCUUUCACCUGCCAACAAUGUGGAAGAAGUUUCAACCGAAAGGAUACCCUUAACAGGCACAUAAGGGUUCACACUGGAGAGAAGCCAUUUAAAUGUGGUCACUGUGGAAAGAGUUUCAGACAUAAACCAGCCCUAAAGUCCCACAUGAGUUUUCACAUAUGAGAGCCGUUUUUAUGUCAUUGGUGUGGAAUUGUGGAAAGAAAGAAACGUUUUGGGUAUUGUGUAAUAACAUCAGACAGAAGUCAUGUGUCAUCACUGUGGAAAGACUUGCAGAAACAAGGCAUAUAGACAUUUACGUAUAAAUGUUAAAUGAGAAAAUGAAAAAAGAUAAGAGUUGCAGCUUUAAUCUGAUGCUGCACCAAAUGCUGUGAAUGCAUGUUAGAAGUGAGGAUUGUCAAAGAACAUUGUGCUUGGUACAUUUUACAUCUUUAAACCGAACUUGCAA